AUGGAAUUCCUUUGUUAUCUACUACUGAUUUCUUUUGUUUGGGCAUGUGUACACGUGCUCAUCACAUCCGAUCUACUUCGCCGGAAGUCCGGUGGCACCAUCCUCCCACCUGGCCCUCGCCAGUUACCGAUGAUUGGAAACAUAUUAGCUCUCGGUAACAAGCCCCACCAAAGUCUUGCUAACCUCUCAAAAAUUUAUGGACCUUUAAUGACCCUCAAGCUUGGUAGGAUAACCACUUUAGUGAUAUCCUCUCCAGACAUUGCCAAAGAAGCAUUACAGAAACAUGACCAAGCCUUGUCUAGCCGACCAGUCCUAGAUGCUAUUCGUGCAAAUAAUCAUCACAAAAAUUCAAUGGUAUGGUUGCCUGCUUCAACUCAUUGGAAAUUUCUCAAGAAAGUCGCUGCCGUACAAAUGUUUAAUUCGCAAAAACUUGAUGCCGGCCAAGCCCUUCGUCGAGAAAAGGUGCAAGAAAUGCUAGAAUAUGUUCAUGAAAAUUGCAACAAUGGUCAUGUUGUUGACAUAGGGAGGACUGCUUUCACAACUGUCCUUAAUUUGAUUUCAAACACCUUCUUCUCUUUUGAUAUAGCCAAUUACAAUUCUAAUUUCUCUCAAGAAUUUAGCGAUCUUGUGGUGGGUGUAAUGGAACAAGUUGGCAAGCCUAAUAUUGCAGACUAUUUCCCGAUACUUCGUUUAGUAGAUCCACAAGGUGUAAGACGAAAGAUGAAUAUUUAUUUCGAAAGAAUAGCUCAAAUUUUCGAGAGUAUCAUCAACGAGAGGAUACAAGAACAUUCUUCUUUGGUUGCAGCUAAGGCAACCCAUGAUGUACUUGAUGCCCUGCUUAUUCUAGCAAAGGAAAACAAUACUGAAUUUAGCUACAAGGACAUACAAGCUUUGCUUCUGGACUUUUUCGUAGCCGGCACUGACACUACCUCAAGCACGGUAGAGUGGGCAAUGACAGAGCUAUUACUGAACCCUGAUAAAUUGGUCAAAGCCAAAAAUGAGCUCCAGGAAGUCGAUAGCCCGAUUCUGGAAGCAGAUAUCUCAAAGCUACCUCUUGACAACUUAUCUUUAGAUUAUUGA